AUGGCAUCUUCUUCUUUCUCUUCCUCUUCCUCGGCAGCACCAAAAUUAAUCAUUCCUGAUGACAAGCCAGCUAGUGAUGCAAGUGGUUCUCGUCCUUCUCCGACUUCUUCAGUACCCCCGGCUACUGAUAUUUCUUCUUCAAGUGGAACAGCAACAAAAAAAUUAACGAAAAUUCUUUCCACUCAAUCAAGUUUCGAACGUCAUCAUCCUGUACAUCCAAUUGCCAAACGUUUUUCGAUUGAUGCUGAUCCUUCGUCAAUCAUAUUAAAUACACCCGUUACUGAUUGUUCCAAUAAUCAUGUAGCACAACAACAACAACAACCAACACCGGAUGCUGAAGAAAUUUCGUCAACUCAUACUUCUUCUCCAAAUAUUUAUGGUAAAGAAACAUCACCUGCUCGAUCACCAUCAUUAAAAAAGAGUGAUAGUUUUUUGGAAAUACCCUAUGAAAAAGGUGAAAUAGUCGAUUUAAUUAAAUUGGUUGAUGAUCCAAAUGCAGCGACACAUAUUACAAACGAUGGACACGAAGUAUUACUCGAACAUGGAGCUGUUCCCCAGUGA